UUUUGCCACACUCGAUGCUCACUUCCAGAAUAUAACCUCAAAUCAAACUAAAAUGAAACCCGUAUAAACUUAAGAAUUAAGGUAAAUAAAUUCAGUUCAUGUAUUACUAUCGUCUAGUUUUGAACACAACUUCAAAUUAUUUAACCGCCAAUCACCGUUUGAAAAAUGCGUUUUCUUGUGUAAAAUGUUAUGAGAAAUUCAGAAGAAGGCCUAAAUCAUGAAAUGGCAGCGCAUAUUUUUGUGUCUAUUUAUUUUGUAUGUGGGAAAAGUUAAGUCGUUACAAAAAAUACUUACAAUUAAUAUUGAUCCUGGCAAAAAGGAUUGUUUUUUCCAAUUUAUUAAACAAAAUGAUACUCUAGAUUUGGAAUAUCAGGUUAUCGAUGGAGGGCAUGGUGAUUUAGAUAUAACGUUUAGUGCCAUAGAGCCAGGUGGUCGUCUAUUGCACCUUGAUGUAAAAAAAUCGGAAAAUGUUUAUCAAAUGGCAGCUCAACGAAGUGGAGAUUAUCAAUUUUGUUUUGAUAACACCUUUAGUUCCUACAACACGAAAACUGUGUUUUUUGAUUUGUUUGCUGAAAGUGAAGAUUAUUGGGGCAACAAUGAACAUUUCGAUUUUAACAUACCAGAUGUAGUUUCCGAGGAUGAAGUUUACGAACUCAAAGUUGAAGACAUUAUUGAAACAAUCGGAAAUGUGCGUGAACAUCUAACUAAAGCGAGGCAUCUACAAGACGUGUUUAAAUCGUUUGAAGCGAGAGAUCGAAAUAUUGUGGAAGAAAAUUACUUUACGAUCAACUCUUUUUCCUUCUUUCAAGUUAUUGUUAUGGUAACUGUAGGAAUUAUUCAGGUAAUCAUGGUUAGAAGUUUAUUUGAUGAUAGAUCAAAGGUUUCAAAAAUUUGGAAACGGCUGGAUCCAAAAUAUUAAUGCCAUUGCAGGUUAUUCAAAUUUAGCAAUAUCAUAGUGUGAUGUUAAUAUAAGAGAGUGGUACUUUGUAAAUACUUUAUUUUAGAUACAACUUAAUGUUAAAAGAAUCUCAUAUUUCUAAAAUUACAAUGCAUAUAGUGUUGUCAUUAACAAUUUUAGUAAAAGGAUAGAAAGCACAUGCCCUCUUACAAGGAAUGAUUCCAAUGUAUUUGCCAGCACUUGUAUAUGUGAAUUUGAUUUUCGUUUAUUUUUCCCAUACACAUGUACGCGAAUUUGUUUUUAAGACUGCUUCUUUAUGUAAAAAUGAAUUAUAUAAUUAUUUAAAAUGUACGAAUUUCAAUUUUUUAUGUUAUAGUUUCAUUAGUGCAAAAUGGUAAGCAGUUGCUUCUUAACUUUUGAAUGCUUUUAAUAAUUCCUAAUUGGUAUGAUAUAUGUAUCAAAAUAGAGGGAAUAUCACUUGGUGUGCCAAAAAUUAUAGCCAUUAUACUGGCAUCUAAAUUAAGAAAAUGUAUAGGGUGGUAAAAGGUGGUGUGUUUGCCUAUUACAUAUAUCUGCUACACUGCACCUGGCGCUUUGGCAGGUUAUAGGUUACUUAAUAAGCAUCAUUCAGUGGAGUAUGUAGAGUUACGUUAGAGUAUUUUUUUUCUAUUUACUGUGUGCGGAAUAAAUGUUUGCCAAGAG